AUGGGUAGGUUCAUAAAAAUUGAAAAUUUUGUAUUGUUAGGAUUAUUAUUUUGUUGGGGUGCAAAAGUAGAAAGCAAGCCGCUGGUGCAGGCUUUCUACGUAUUUGGGGACUCAACGAUAGAUUCAGGUAACAACAAUCAGCUGGCGACUGUUUUCAAAUCCAACUUUCCUCCCUAUGGAAUGGAUUUCCCCGGCGGCAUACCCACUGGACGGUUUAGUGACGGGAGGCUAGUAACAGACAUGCUAUCUAGUCUGAUGGGGCUUCCUGAUGAGCUGCCCGCAUAUUUGGACCCGAACUUCACAGGAGAACAAUUGCUCACUGGUGCUUCUUUUGGUUCAGCGGGUGCAGGAAUAGAUGAUACUACUUCGUUGCCCAUGGGUCUUAUAACUUUGUCUAAACAAUUAGACAAUUUUAAGAGUUAUAAGGAAAAGCUUGCAGCUAUGGUUGGCGAUAACAAUGCUACUGAGAUUAUAUCUGGAGCUUUAUUUGCUUUAAGCAUGGGAACUAAGGACUUUGUUGUCAAUUACUAUAUGAAUCCUAUCACAAGGGAAAAAUACACUAUUGACCAAUUUCAAGAUCUUCUCUUACAUGAUCUACAACCAUUUAUACAGAAAAUCUACAACGAGGGUGCUACCAAAUUUGUGAUCUUUGGUGUGCCUCCUUUUGGUUGUCUACCCUUGACAAUUACUUUAAACAAUCCAAUUAGUGGUACUUGUGUGGAUGACUACAAUAAUGUUGCUACUUCUUACAACAACAAGCUUGCACCUUUCAUUGAUUCUAUGAAAGCAAGUCUUCCAGCUCUUCAAAUUGCUUACAUAGAUAUAUACAACAAGUUCUUCAAUAUAAUUCAAGAUCCUACCCAAUAUGGGUUUGAAGAAGUAAGAAAAAGUUGUUGUGGGACAGGAAAGUUGGAGGCUGGUCCAUUAUGCAAUACAUUUAGCAAAGUGUGUGAUGAUGUGUCUAAACAUUUAUUUUGGGAUAGCAUUCAUCCAACAAGUAGAGCUUAUAACAUCAUUGCUAAUGAUGUAUUCAAACAAAUACAAGGGGUUAUAUUUUAA